CCUCGUCAACUACCUGGACAUGGAGUACUUCGGCACCAUCUCCAUCGGCUCCCCGCCGCAGAACUUCACUGUCAUCUUUGACACUGGCUCCUCCAACCUCUGGGUCCCCUCCGUGUACUGCACCAGCCCAGCCUGUAGGACACAUGCCAACUUCAUUCCGUCCCAGUCCAGCACAUAUAGCGCCGUGGGGCGUCACUUCUUCAUUCAGUAUGGGACCGGGAGCUUGUCUGGAGUCAUCGGAACGGACCAAGUCUCUGUGGAAGGACUGACUGUGAUAGGCCAGCAAUUUGGGGAAAGUGUCACGGAACCUGGUCAGACCUUCGUCAAUGCAGAGUUUGACGGAAUUCUGGGCCUGGGGUACCCCUCUUUGGCUGUUGGAGGGGUGACCCCAGUGUUUGACAACAUGAUGGCUCAGCAGUUGGUGGAUCUACCCAUGUUUUCUGUGUACAUGAGCAGUGACCCAGAAGGUGGUGCGGGCAGCGAGGUGAUUUUUGGAGGCUAUGAUUAUUCGCAUUUCUCUGGGAGCCUGAACUGGGUCCCGGUCACCAUGCAAGGCUACUGGCAGAUUGCGCUGGACUCAAUCCAGGUGGGCAGCUCCGUGAUGUUCUGCGGGGAAGGCUGCCAGGCCAUUGUGGACACAGGGACCUCCCUCAUCACAGGCCCCUCUGACAACAUCAAGCAACUGCAAAAAGCCAUUGGGGCAGAGCCAGUGCAUGGAGAAUAUGCUGUGGAGUGUGUCAACCUCAACGUCAUGCCAGAUGUCACCUUUAUCAUCAACGGAGUCCCCUACACCCUCCAGCCAACUGCCUACACCCUGCUGGAUUUUGUGGAUGGAGUAGAGUUCUGCAGCAGCGGCUUUCAAGGUCUUGACAUCCAACCUCCAGCUGGGCCCCUCUGGAUCCUGGGUGAUGUCUUCAUUAGGCAGUUUUACUCUGUCUUUGACCGUGGGAAUAACCGUGUGGGCUUGGCCCCAGCAGUACCCUAAAUAGGGGCUGUGUGUCUGUGCCUGCCUGUCUGACAGCUUUGGAAAUCCAGCUGGAGAUGAGGUUGGGGCAAUCUUCACACAUGUCAAUGUCAUUUUCAAUAAAAUGUUGUUGUGCCAGA